GCGUUGUGUCGCGUCGCGUCUCUUGCGGAGUUGAAGGAGUCACUUCAUCACUCGAGUGAGUCUUUGCGCGCUUCUGUGAGAAUAUUUCAACAAAAGAGACGCUCAUUUAAGCGGAUCCCAUGUGUUUGGACCGGACGAAAACUCUCAUUUAAAAGUGGUGUUUCCAGUAAUGAUGUCAUCCUGUAGUCCUCUUCUAUUGGCUGUCUCAUGCUGUAUGAUUGCUCUGACAUCAUCACUCAACCUGGAUGACCCGAAUGUCUGCAGUCACUGGGAGAGUUACUCAGUGACCGUGCAGGAGUCGUACGCUCACCCGUUUGAUCAGGUUUACUACACCGGCUGCACGGACAUCCUCAACUGGUUCAAAUGCACUCAGCACAGGGUGAGCUACAGGACGGCCUACCGGCGCGGGGAGAAGACCAUGCAUCGCCGCAGGUCCCAGUGCUGCCCCGGCUUCUACGAAAGCAGAGACAUAUGUGUUCCCCACUGUGCUGAGAAAUGUGUGCAUGGCCGCUGUGUGGCCCCGAACACCUGUCAGUGUGAGCCGGGCUGGGGAGGGGCCGACUGCUCCAGCGCAUGUGAUGGCGAGCACUGGGGUCCACACUGCCGGAACCGCUGUCAGUGCCAGAACGAGGCGCUGUGUAACCCCAUCAGCGGAGCCUGCCUCUGUGCGCCGGGACACCGCGGCUGGCGCUGCGAGGACCUCUGUGAGCGCCACACCUACGGCAACGGCUGCCAGCAGAAGUGCCUCUGCCAGAACAACGCCACAUGCCACCACAUCACAGGAGAGUGUGUGUGCAGCCCAGGAUACACUGGAGCAUUCUGCGAGGACUUGUGCCCUCCAGGGAAGCAUGGGCGGCAGUGCGAGGAGCGCUGCCCCUGUCAGAACGGUGGCGUGUGUCAUCAUGUGACCGGAGAGUGUUCCUGCCCGGCCGGCUGGAUGGGAGCAGUGUGUGGACAGCCGUGUCCGGCGGGACGCUUCGGGAAGAACUGCUCGCAGGAGUGUCAGUGUCAUAACGGGGGAAGCUGUGCUCCGUCCACGGGACAGUGUGUGUGUAGCGCGGGAUACACAGGAGAGAGGUGUCAGGACCAGUGCCCAGUCGGCACGUAUGGCGUGGGCUGCGGUGAGACGUGUGUGUGUGUGAACGGUGCGCAGUGCUAUCACGUGAGCGGAGCCUGUGUGUGUGAGCAGGGAUACACCGGUGAGAGCUGUGAGGAGCGAGUCUGUGCCGACGGCCUCUACGGCCUCAGGUGUGACAGGAAGUGCCCCUGUCACGCCAAUAACACACGCAGCUGUCACCCCAUGUCGGGUGAGUGUUCGUGCCGGUCAGGGUGGUCGGGGUUGUACUGUAACGAAACGUGCGCUCCUGGUUUCUUUGGGGAGGCGUGUCAGGAGGUCUGUCACUGUCAGAACGGAGCGGACUGCCACAGCGUGAGUGGAGAAUGUGUCUGCGCACCGGGAUAUAAGGGCUCAGAUUGCUCCUCGGUCUGCCCCGCGGGCACAUACGGCAUCAACUGCUCCUCUCUCUGCUCUUGUAAGAACGCAGCCGUCUGCUCUCCCAUCGAUGGAUCCUGUUCCUGUCAAGCAGGGUGGCACGGGGUGGACUGCUCCAUUAACUGCCCCAGUGGCUCGUGGGGUCUGGGCUGUAACCUGACGUGUGCCUGCAGUAACGGGGGCGCGUGCGACGCUCUGGACGGGAGGUGCACCUGUACUCCAGGCUGGAGAGGAGACCGCUGUGAUCAGCACUGUCAGGACGGGACAUAUGGAUUAGACUGUCGUGAGCGCUGUGACUGCAGUCAUGCGGACGGGUGCCAGCCCUCAACGGGACACUGCCGCUGUCUGGCCGGCUGGACAGGCAUUCACUGCGACAGCAUGUGUGCUGAGGGCCGCUGGGGGCCGAACUGCUCCCUGUCCUGUAACUGUAAGAACGGGGCGUCCUGCUCCCCGGACGAGGGCGCGUGCGAGUGCGCGCCUGGAUUCAGAGGAACCACCUGCCAGCGCAUCUGUUCUCCGGGCUUCUUCGGCCACCGCUGUAGCCAGGCCUGUCCACACUGCGUCCACAGCAAGGGCCCCUGUCACCAUGUGACCGGCCAGUGUGACUGUCAGCCUGGCUUUAAAGGGGCGCUCUGCAACGAAGUGUGUCCCAGUGGCCGGUUUGGCAAGAACUGUGCGUGGAGCUGCACCUGCACUCAUAACGGCACCUGCAACCCCUUCGACGGCUCAUGUCAGUGUUACCCCGGCUGGAUCGGCAGUGACUGCUCACAGCCCUGUCCUCCGGGUCAGUGGGGUCCUAACUGCAUCCACACCUGUAACUGCCACAACGGGGCGUUCUGCAGCGCGUACGACGGCGAGUGCAAGUGUACGGCCGGCUGGACGGGGCUCUACUGCACACAGCGCUGUCCGCUGGGCUUCUACGGGAAGGACUGUGUGCUGGUGUGUCAGUGUGAGAACGGCGCAGACUGCGAUCACAUCUCCGGGCACUGCACCUGCCGCACAGGCUUCAUGGGACGCCACUGUCAGCAGAAGUGUCCCGCAGGAACGUAUGGAUACGGCUGCCGGCAGGUGUGCGACUGCCUGAAUAACUCCACCUGUGAUCACAUGACGGGCACCUGCUACUGUAACCCCGGCUGGAAGGGCACUCGCUGUGACCAGGCUGGCGUGAUCAUUGUAGGGAAUCUCAACAGUUUGACGAGUGCCGCUGUGCCCGCGGACUCGUAUCAGAUCAGUGCCGUUGCAGGAAUCAUCGUCCUGGUACUCCUCGUGCUCAUCCUCCUCCUCCUCUUCAUCAUUUACCGUAAGAAACAGAAAGGCAAAGAGUCCACGAUGCCUGCGGUCACGUACACACCCACCCUGAGGGCCAACACCGAGUACGCCGUCACAGAGUCGCUCCCGCAGACGGAUGUUCUUCCCAACAGCAACUACUUCUCCAACCCCAGCUACCACACGCUGACCCAGUGCAGCAGCCCGCCGCACACCAGUAACCCGCCCUACGGAAAGCCGAAGAACAACCAGUUGUUUGUGAACCUGAAGAACGGCGAGCCGAGGAAACGUCUUUCCCUGCUCGAUCACACAGGAACUCUCCCGGCCGACUGGAAGCAGGGCGGAUCCUUCAAUGAGCUCGGAGCUUAUGGAGUUGACAGGCGUUACAUGGGAAAAUCACUUCGAGAUCUGGUAAAGAGUUUGCCCUAUCAUGCCAGUUCCUGCUCUCUCAAUAGUUCAGAGAACCCGUAUGCCACCAUCAAAGACCCUCCUCUGCUGCUGGCCAAGAGCUCUGAGUGCGGUUAUGUGGAGAUGAAGUCUCCUGCUCACAGAGAUUCACCCUAUGCUGAGAUAAACGCCUCCAGCCCUGCCAGCAAAAACGUCUACGAAGUCGAGCCGACCAUCAGUUCUGUUCUCACGCUCUCUAACAACAACUGCAACGGGCCGUUUUGUCAAGAUCCAUACGACCUGCCAAAGAACAGCCACAUCCCGUGCCAUUAUGACCUCCUGCCCACGAGAGACAGCAGCCCGUCGCCUGCCGAGGACACGGAGCGCAAGUGACCGCUCUCAGACGUCAGAAACCAGCGUCCUCCGCUGUCUCUGCUGUCAUUCAUCAUUAUAAAAGCUCUCUGGCUUACACAUCUCCAUACUUCUCGUCAAAACUAGUUUUCAAGUACCUGUCCUGUGGAGAACAAGAGGGCGAGUGUUUCAGCAAACAUUCCCGAUAGUCAGCUCGACAUAAACGACUCAUUCCAUUCAUUAAUAACAACAUAUCACAGAAAUACAAGACAAUCCUCAAUGUUUCUGAUAGAAGAUGUCCGAUCUUUCCCAAUGACAGUUUUCUGUUUCUUUCAUUAUGAUAUUUAGUAUAUUAAUACUGUUUAUUGAGACCAGACUGUUGGCUCAAUGUUUCUGUUGAUAAUUUUUUUUUGUCCGAAAGUAUUUCAGGUUUACCAAAGGUUGACGUGCCCUGAU